GUAGUACCAACCUUGCCUAUAAAUUGAGGUUAUAUUUUAACAAGUCGUGGUUUUCUGCUAUGUAGAUAGGUAUAUUUUGUGAAUUUAGAACACGCGGAGAUAUAUUUUUCGUCAUUAAAGGUCACAGUCAUUGUGAAUCACGAUGGUGCGUCAUAACAAUCAGUUACCAAAUAAUUUAACACAGCUUCAAAAUUUAAUAAAAAGAGAUCCAGCGUCGUACAAAGAAGAAUUUCAUCAGCAGUUAGCUCACUUUGAAACAACAUUGGAAAUUUUCAAUCUAAAUCCAACACAGUAUAAUAAAAAAUUUGAUGAACAGGCUAUGUUUUUGGCCCAAGUUGCACAAUGCUAUCUCAAUGAAAUGAAACUAUUUCCACAGAAAAUUGUGGAUGUUUUGAAGAGACAUAAUACAGUCUUGCAUAAUGAUAUGAGACUUUCGCUUUGCAAAUGUCUGAUAUUACUAAGAAACAAGAAUUUCAUAACUCCAUUUGAUUUAUUGGAAUUAUUUUUCCAGUUACUUAAAUGUCAAGACAAAUUUUUGAGAGAAUUUCUGAAAACACACAUUAUUACAGAUAUUAAAAAUAUUAAUAUGAAACAUAAGGACAUGAAAUUUAACUCCACCUUGCAGAACUUUAUAUUUUCCAUGCUACGGGACUCAGAUGCAAGAUCUGCUAAGUUGUCAAUAGAUAUUCUAAUUGAAUUGUAUCAAAAAAACAUUUGGAAUGAUCAUAAAACAGUUAACAUAAUAGCUGACAUAGGUUGCUUUUCUAAAGUAACAAAAGUGAUGGUAGCGUCAUUGAAAUUUUUCCUUGGGAAAGAUGAAGAAGAGAAGGAAGAUUCAGACAGUGAUGAUGAAAUAGAUCCCAGAGAUACAAUGAUAUCAAACAAAUUUAAUAAAAAGACUCGAAAGAGGGAGAAAAUGGUUGAUAAGGUAAAAAAAAUUGCAAAGAAAAUGAAAAAGAAAAAGCAAAAAGCUCCUGCAUUUAAUUUCUCUGCUUUACAUUUGAUCAACAACCCACAAGGCUUUGCUGAGAAACUUUUUAAGCAGCUGGAGUCAUCAAAUGAAAGAUUUGAAGUAAAAUUGAUGACAUUAGAUGUCAUAUCAAGGUUAAUUGGACUACAUAAUCUUUUCUUGUUUAACUACUAUCCAUUCAUUGCUAGAUUAUUAAUGCCUCAUCAAAGAGAAGUGACAAGGAUAUUGCAAUUUGCAGCACAGGCUUCUCACGAACUUGUGCCACCUGAAGUACUUGAACCUGUCAUGAAAGCCAUAGCAAAUAAUUUUAUAACUGAAAGAAAUUCAACUGAUGUUAUGGCGGUUGGUUUAAAUGCAGUCAGAGAGAUUUGUUCAAGAUGUCCACUUGCUGUCAAUGAAGACCUUCUCAGAGAUCUAGUACAGUACAAAAAUUAUAAAGAAAAAUCUGUAAUGAUGGCUGCAAGAUCAUUAAUUCAACUAUACCGGCUGUCAAUGCCAGAACUUCUACAUAAAAAAGAUAGAGGAAGACCAACAGAAGCAUCUUUAGAAAUCAAAACUAAAAAGUAUGGUGAAAUGGAAGUAAAGGACCAUAUACCUGGCUCAGAAGUAUUGCUGGAAAAGGAAACAAUGGAAUCUAAAAAAAAAUCUGGAAAAAAACAGAAACAAAGUAAUGAUUCUGACAGUGAUGAGUGGAUAGAUGUUGCAUCUUCUGAUUCUGAGGUAGAAAUAUCUACAGAUAGUGAUGAUGAAGAUUCAAACAAAUCAGAUGAGAGUGAUGAAGAUGAAAGUAAAGAUGAUGAUAAUCUAAGUGAAGGGGAUAAAGAGAUUGCAACAAUAGAUACUAACAAUAGUACAAAAGUUUUAAAAGCAAAACAUAAAGCUUAUACUGCACAAGAAAAUGAAGAAAAAACAAAACAUGCUAGAGAAAUUGCUAUGGAAACAAUAUUCACUGAUGAAGACUUUAAACGAAUUGAAUCAGCACAAGCUAAAAAACAUGUAAAAGGAUUAAAACGCAAAAUCAUUACUGAAGAAGAAAAUGAAGAAGGUGAACUUGUGCAACUAUCUGCAAUUGAAAAUAUUCAUAAAAAAAGAAAACAUGAUAAAAGUGCUAGACUAGAAACUGUUAUGAAAGGUAGAGAAGAAAGAGAUAAAUUUGGAUACAAAGAUCGUAGGAAGAACAUCCACUGUUCAAAGACUAACAGAGAAAAACGCAAGACUAAAAGUUAUCAGAUGGUCAAACAUAAAGCUAAGGGAAAAGUUAAGAGAUCAUUUAAAGACAAACAAAUUGCUUUUAGAAAUUAUCUUAUAAAGCAAAAGAAAAUGAAAUAAGACUAUUUAUACAGGUUGACUUUUUAUACAUUGGCAAUAUUUUGUCUACAUGCAGUGCAUGAUUCCGAACAACUUUUAUUAUAGGAGUAAUGGGAGUAACUCCAUAAACACGAAAAAAAAAUCUGCUGUUCUAUACAAAAUUAAAUAU